AUGAGUGACCUGCACACCCUCCUCCCAACCUACACACCCCCCACCCCCUCCUCUGCCGACCUCCUCACCGCCUUCUCUACCGCCCUCAUCCCCACCACCGACCUCCUAACCCAAGACGCCCUCGCCCUCUCCCGCCGCCUCGGCACCACCACCCUUGCCAGCGUCCUUGACAUUAAGCUCCUCACACACUCCAUCACGUCCGCCCUCCACGCCGACACCACCACCACCACCACCCCCACCCCCCAAUUCCUCACCACCGGCGACACCGCCCUCGACGCCCUCCUCGGCGGCGGCAUCCGCACCUGCUGCAUCACCGAGUUUGUCGGCGAGAGCGGAGCCGGCAAGUCCCAGUUCCUCAUACCCUUGCUAUUGACUGCGCAGCUCCCCGUAUCCCGCGGCGGCCUAGGCAGGAAUGCCGUCUAUAUCAGCACCGAGGCCCCCCUCAGCACCCCACGGCUCUCGCAGCUACUAGCAUCGGAUCAAUAUCCAGGGGCUUCCCUCGACGGAGUAUAUACAAUUACGUGUUGCGAUCUCGAAGCGCAGGAGCACGUCCUGCGCUACCAGCUGCCUGUUCUCGUGGAGCGGCAUAAUGUCGGGGUUGUGAUUAUCGAUAGUGUUGCAGCCAACUUCCGGGACGGGGAGGCGGGGGGCGCGGCAGCGAGGGCGAGGAGGGGAGGGGAGCUGGUGAGGAUGGCGGAGGGGUUGAGGGGGGUGGCGGUGAGGUGUGGCGUGGCGGUGGUGGUCGCGAAUCAGGUUGCGGAUUGGUUUGGUGGUGGGGGAGGUAAAGGGGGGGAGCUGGGUUUGGAUAUGCAGGCAAGGUGGUUUAAUGGCUGGGAGGAGGAGGAGGAGGGCGGCGAAGGCGGAGCGGCGAAGGUGCCGAGUCUGGGCAUGGUGUGGGCGUGUUUGCUGACGGUGAGGGUCGUGGUGAAGAGGGUGGAGGUUGGGGGCUCCUGGAGGAGGAGCGUGAGGGUUGUGUUUGCGCCGUGGGUCGGCGGCGGGAGUGAGAUGGGUUUCGAGGUGUGGGAGGGGGGGGUUAGGGCAGUGGUGGAGCCGGCGUCGUAG